GACAAUCCAGCGCCAGUCUCUCUCUCUUAUUUUUUUUUUUUUGUCUUCUUGGCGGUUACCAUGGCUGCUGAAUUGUUUGAGUUCCUGAGCUUCUUCUGAAAUUAGGGUUUUCUGAAACUAGGGUUUUCUGAAACUAGGGUUUUCUGGCUCCGGAGGAAGAGAACACGAGCACUUGCAGAAUACAGCUCUUCCUCACCAGUCUCUCUCUAGAUGUACGCGUCCGUGGAGAUACUCAAGUGGGAGCGCUGAAAGUCCAGAGAGAGAGGGGGGCGACUGCUUCAAAGUUCAAAUCCUUCUUGAGUAUCAAUGGCGGUUCUUGAGUUGAGAGAGCUAGGCCACACAGGGCUCAAGGUCAGCUGCGUGGGCUUCGGUGCUUCUCCUCUUGGCAACGUCUUUGGCCAUGUCGCAGAAUCAGACGCUAUUGCUUCCGUUUACGAAGCUUUUCAUCUCGGCAUCAACUUCUUUGACACCUCCCCGUUUUAUGGUGCUACCCUAUCAGAGAGUGUUCUUGGUAAGGCAUUGCAGUCUCUGAAUGUGCCAAGGGAUCAAUUCAUAGUCUCCACUAAAUGUGGACGUUAUCUGGAAGGUUUUGAUUUCAGUGCAGAGAGAGUGACAAGAAGUAUCGAUGAGAGUCUUGCCCGGCUAAAGCUUGACUAUGUAGAUAUUCUUCAUUGCCAUGAUAUUGAAUUUGGAUCACUUGACCAGGUAGUCAAUGAGACAAUUCCCGCACUUCAAAAGCUUAAAGAAGCUGGUAAGGUCCGAUUCAUUGGUAUCACUGGCCUCCCUUUGUCGAUAUUUACUUAUGUGCUCGAUCGAGUAGCUCCUGGUUCAGUAGAUGUGAUACUAUCAUAUUGUCAUUAUUGCAUUAAUGACUCGUCCCUAGAAGACCUCAUUCCUUACUUGAAGAGUAAAGGUGUUGGUAUAAUUAAUGCUUCUCCAUUUGCGAUGGGGCUUCUUACAGAGGGGGGACCACCUGAAUGGCAUCCUGCAUCUCUCGAACUUAAGUCUGUAUGCAAGGCUGCAGCGGUUCAUUGCAAAGAGAAAGGAAAGAACAUUUCAAAGUUAGCCCUGCAGUACAGCUUGAGGAACAAAGAAAUAUCAUGUGUGCUUGUUGGCAUGAACUCUGUAGGACAGGUUAAAGAGAAUGUGUCUUCUGCCUUGGAAAUUUCAAGUGCGGAGAAAUCGGUGGAUGACCUGUUGCAGGAGGUGGAUGCCAUAUUGGGUCCAGUGAAGAACCGGUCCUGGCCUAGUGGCAUUCCACAAAAUUAGCAGCCUCACUGUAUGAACACACAUAUCCCUUUUAGGGCAUAAGGGAUCUUAAGAUGCUCAUAUUUCAAAAAGUUCAUGUUUUGAAAUGUUUUCGUUUCAUGCCUCCAUUUUUUCAUUACUGGUUCAAUUUAUGCAUCUAUUUUUAGUCCUUGGUA